AUGGAGUCUACAAGUGAUGCUAAUUCACUACCUUCAGGACCAGACGCCAGAAAGCGAAGAGUGAGCUAUUUCUACGACCCAACAAUCGGCCAACACUACUACGGCCAGGGCCAUCCAAUGAAACCCCUCCGCAUCCAAAUGGCCCACAACCUCAUCGUCAACUACGGCCUCAACCAUAAAAUGGACAUCAACUGCCCUUUUCUGGCCACCACCGACGACCUCAGCCAAUUCCACUCCGAUGACUACGUCAACUUCCUCGCCUCCGUCUCCCCCGACACCCUUAACCAAACUCCCUUUUCUCGCUACAAGGAGCGCUUCAACAUAGGUCAAGACUGUCCCGUAUUCGAUGACCUAUUCGGCUUUUGCCAGGCCUCUGCCGGCGGGUCUCUCGGCGCCGCUGUCAAGCUCAAUCAAGGAGACGCUGAUAUCGCCAUCAACUGGGCCGGCGGGCUUCACCAUGCAAAGAUGUCCGCGGCCUCGGGGUUCUGUUAUGUCAACGACAUUGUGCUAGGGAUUCUUGAGCUUCUCAAGGUUCAUAGACGUGUCCUUUAUAUCGAUAUUGAUGUGCACCAUGGAGAUGGAGUCGAGGAGGCAUUUUACACCACUGAUAGAGUCAUGACAGUUUCUUUCCAUAAAUUUGGUGAUUUCUUUCCGGGGACCGGGCAUAUUGAAGACAUUGGUGUUGGACUAGGGAAGAAUUAUUCUUUGAAUGUACCCUUGAACGAUGGAAUAGAUGAUGAAGAUUUUCGCUGGAUAUUUCGUCCAGUAAUCCAAAAAGUGAUGGAGAUGUAUCAACCGGAGGCUGUUGUUCUUCAGUCCGGGGCAGAUUCGCUAUCCGGGGACAAGUUAGGGUGCUUCAACUUGUCUAUCAAAGGCCAUGCGGACUGUCUUGGUUUCCUUAGAUCGUUUAACAUCCCUUUGAUGGUCUUGGGAGGGGGAGGUUAUACGAUUCGGAAUGUAGUUCGUUGCUGGUGUUACGAGACGGCAGUAGCAAUCGGUGAGGAACUUGAUGAUCAGUUGCCUGAAAACGACUACUAUGGUUAUUUUGCUCCAAAUUACACUCUUCUGUUCGACACAUGUGGCAUGCGGAACCUGAACAAACCUGAAGACUUGGUGGAGAUGAGGAAUAAGCUGCUAGAACAGAUUUCUAAAAUGCCUCAUGCACCCAGUGUUCAGUUUCAGACGACACCAUCAAUUACACAAGCUCCGGAGGAGGCGGAAGAGAACAUGGAUGAAAGAUAA